AUGUCAAGCCGCCCGUCAGAAAACAACACAACUCCUAUAUUUAAAUUCACCGAUCCAAAGUUGGCCAGAAGUGCUUCGACCAUCAAAGAUAGGCUGCUCUACUGGGUGCAGGCUCAGACGAAGGAGUACAAGAACAUCCAAAUAGAUAAUUUCUCAACAAGCUGGAACGACGGUCUGGCAUUCUGUGCUCUCAUACAUCACUUUUGUCCUGAAGCCUUUGACUACGAUCAACUAACUCCAGAAAAACGCAGACAUAAUUUCGAGCUAGCUUUCAGAGUGGCUGAAGAAAAAGCCGACAUUGCACCUCUGCUAGACGUGGAAGACAUGGUGGUAAUGCGUCGCCCCGACUGGAAAUGCGUCUUCACCUACGUCCAAUCGGUCUACCGUCGGUUUCAUGCCUCUCAGGAUGCAGCUCGCUAA